ACUCAAGAUCACGUGACUCGAUUUCUUGCCUCAACACGCAGAUUUGUGUCUCGUCUAGACGCAUGUUGGCUCAGUUCUUGUGUGGCUGAUCAUUCAACCAGGCAGGGUUUCCUAAUUAAAACAAUAGAGUAAAAGUUGAGUACCCACAAAAUGUACUUGACACGUGAGCAGAAAAUAUGAGCUAGACGCCAAUACAUCAGGGUGUACAGAACAAGAGAAGAUCGAUUGAAAAGACUGCCACAUAUUGCGAGCCAAUUGAUCACCGGGUGAUUUACUGACGUCAACUAACCUAUUUCAGUUGAAUGAUGGCUGGUGUUCUCCAUUGCUGGACAGCGCUCCUGCUUGCGUUAGCUUGCUGCACGAGUUUGUCGUUGGCGAGUUCAUCACACACGCCUCCCGUAAACGACACGCUCCAGGUCAACUGCAAGAAGAUUCUAGAAAUUUCAGGCGACCGGAGGUUCGCUGUCUCCAAGAGCGAGAUCCUCACCAUCGACCAGCAUUGUAGGGUGGUGCUCUCACCCAAACACGGAGAUCGGCUGUUUGUUGUGUUUGAAGAGUACGACAUCGACUCAAAGUACCGGCUGACCAACUGUACCUUGGUGGCUAUACAGCUGGAGUCACCUACCAACACAACACUGCUAGGUCCCCACGGAUACUGUGGGAGGGACAUGCCGGCCACAUGGUUUGACCUCCAGAAGCUUGGCGCCAUUACCUUCACUAGAUCUGACGUACAUGGGCUCCAUACGCCACGCAUACAGCUCUUGGUGACCGAGGUCUUUGAUCGGAGUGGAGACUGCCCAGCACACUUAUUUGACUGCACGACAAACGACAUGUGCAUCGACAAGUCCUUGGUGUGCAACGGUGCCAGUGAUUGUGUCGGGGAUCAAGAUGAAGAAGACUGCCUGAGCGAUGGAUGCCAGGAAUAUUGCAUUGCUACGUGGGUCUUCGCUUCACUAGUUUUUGUCUCUAUUGUUAUUGCAGCUAGCAUUGUUGGUAACUGUGUCUAUAAAAAGAAACGUGAAGGCUACAAAAAUAUACCAGGUCGAAACACAGAAAGCAUCAACACAGAGAGUGGGUAAUAUUUGUCAUGAUCUCUCCAGCCGGUGAAGAUUGUGUCCUCAUUUGUUAAUUAGGGCUAGGGCUAUGACAUUUUCUGGAGUACUUUGGCUUUUCUCUACCCAUGACACAUCUACGUUUGAUUAAGAUUUCACCCCUUGUCUGCCUGCUAAUUUAAUUCUAUAGAAUGCCUGUCGUUGUUUGUUAAAUUAUAUAAUUUUGCGGGUUUAUCACUUUGCUGUGAAAGAUUUCCUCGAGAGAGGUAACAUUAUCUCUUGAGGUAAUUAACAACAGUUAACUAACAACAGUUUAAUUGACGACUGUUAACGUCGGUUUCUGGUGUGUGUGUGGUGGGGGGCGGGGGGUGAGAAUAGUCUGGGAGGUGAGCCAUUGACAAAGAGAAAAGGGUGGGGUGGGAGGGGAUGGUUAUGACCUAGCCCCAGCUUUAAUAUUUAAAGCCUCAGCAGCAGACUAUAUCGAGAAGAUUCUGAAUCAACCAAUGCUUUUAUUUUUACGAUCAUAAUUGAUUUUAAAAGGAAUUAAUUUUUUAAAUAUAUUUUCAAUGUAUUUAAAAGCUUCGUAUAAUAAAAUUUUUAACCCAACA